AUGUCAACCCUACCGACCAGCAAUCGAAAUUUCCAUCAAAAUGUUAGUGAUGGUUCUUCGAUCCCAAUUGUCCUCAGGAGACUCUAUAGAACACCUAAAAACUUGGAUUUUGAGACGGCUCUCUGGGAGAUGAUUCACCUAAUAUUUAAGCCAAGAAAGGCUUUCAGAUCUUUUUAUUACCAACAUCAGACCAAACAUCAGUGGGCAAGAGAUGAUCCUUCUUUUUUUAUCUUGCAAAUAGGCCUGUUACUUCUGAGCUCAAUGGUUUGGUCGAUCGUCUAUGGUCAUUCGUUCCUUGGAUUUAUAAGGAUGAUGAUGAACAUGAUUUUCAUUGACUUUUUUCUCUUUGGAUUUGCAGUAGCUACCACAUUCUGGCUAAUACUUAAUCGACCAUACUUCAAAUUUAGAUCAGCGUCAGAAUCUCAGGUCGAGUGGGCUUACUGCUUCGAUGUGCACUGCAAUGCAUUUCUAAUCAUAUGGGUUUUACUCUACUUCCUUCAAUUUGUGCUGUUACCAAUUAUUAAGCUUCAUAGAUGGAUUGGACUCUUCGUCGGUAACACACUAUAUUGCUUGGCAUUUGGGCAUUAUUUCAUUUUGACUUUUUAUGGCUACAGUCAGUUGCCUUUCCUCAAGAGUAUAAAUUUCAUGCUGAUUCCAGCCUUAGCAUUCGCUGUGCUGUAUAUAAUCAGUCUUAUUGGGAUAGACCUAUCACAAGUGCUGAGCUUUUAUAAAUAUCAGUAG